AUGGGUCCUGGUCACGCGGGACGAGGUGCCGGGCGCUCCACGCACGGCGGGGGGUCCCCGACGAGAUGGCACAUCCCGGCGGGUGGAGGCAACCACAGAAAUCCCAGGCUGCAGCACAAAGAAGGCGAGGGCCUGGCACUGGAGUUGGUCAACGAGCCCGGCGCGUCGGAAGCCAAGCGGAGGUACCUCACACACACGCAGCAGGUCUCGGGGACCUCCGUGCCCGGCAUCGGACGGGCCGAGGACGGCAGCCCGGGCAGACACGGCCGGCGCGCCAUCAAGCCCGAGCACAAGUCGUUCCGCCUCCAGGACAUGUACAGCCCGCUCCCGGCACCCGCCGAGGACGCCGUGCGGGAGAAGCGCGUCGCGGCGCAGCAGAACAAGCCGGAGUGGUCGUGGGUGGUCGACCCGCUCCCGGCCCCGCAGGAGUCGCGGCGCGUGGAGUCCCUCGAGGGGCGGGCGUACCGGCGCGGGAGGGUGCACGCGAUGGGCUGCUACUUCCCGAACGGCGCGCACGGCGCGGUGCUGCCCGCGAAGAGCGAGGAGCUCCCGCCCGCGGAAAACCGAACGCGGAAGAAGAAGACCAAGAAGCGGAAGAAAUCUGUGGCGGACAAGCCCGCGGCGGCUCCAGCACCGCCCGUGAGCCGACAGCAGCCGGAGGCGGCCGCAGGGCCGCAGGGCGACGGGAAAGUCCGGCACGGCAGGAGAGCCGGGGCGGAGCGGCCUUUCAAACCGGCAUCACACUUCCCGUAG